AGUCGCAGACGCAAUCGCGGUUAAGUGAAGCGCAUCGUCACUUUCCACACACAAGAAGCAACGAAACACAAUAACAGAAAUUUGUAAUCGUAAUUCGAAUAAUCAGAUCUCGCAAUGUCUGGGAAACAGCAAAAUCAUCGUUCUACUUCUUGCAGACCCAGAUCCAAAACCCUAAUCAUCAUUUCUCUCUUCUCCGUCUCUCUACUGGGCAUCCUCUACACCUUCUCUUCCUCCUCCCGACCCUCAAUCUCCAACCUGAACCCGUCGGACCAACCAGAGACGUCCUUCGUUACCUCGCUUGAGCAUUUCUUAACCCAUAAAGCUCCGAAGCUCUCGUUACCGGUUAGAGACGACACGGUGCGUGGCGAGAGUGAUGAUGAUGUGAGGAAGCUCGAUGAGAUGGUUUUUGAGAGAGAGAAUCGUUGGUUGAACGAAGAUCCGGGAUAUCCUGUCGGGUUUCCGAUUAAGGUUUACGUGUAUGAGAUGCCUAAGAAGUUUACUUUCGAUCUUCUCUGGUUAUUUCACAAUACUUACAAAGAGACUUCAAAUGCUACCUCUAAUGGUAGCCCUGUGCAUCGUCUAAUCGAACAGCAUUCUAUUGACUAUUGGCUCUGGGCUGAUCUGAUCUCUCCUGAAUCCGAAAGGCGUUUAAAAAGUGUCGUGAGGGUUCACAAGCAGCAAGACGCCGACUUUUUCUAUGUUCCGUUCUUCACUACAAUCAGCUUUUUCUUGUUGGAGAAGCAGCAAUGCAAGGCACUCUAUAGGGAAGCUUUGAAGUGGGUCACUGAUCAGCCUGCUUGGAAGAGGUCCGAGGGAAGGGAUCACAUAUUUCCUAUUCAUCAUCCCUGGUCCUUUAAGUCUGUCCGCAAAUUUGUGAAAAACGCAAUCUGGCUUUUACCAGAUAUGGACUCCACUGGGAAUUGGUAUAAGCCUGGGCAAGUUUCAUUGGAGAAAGACCUAAUCCUUCCUUAUGUUCCCAAUGUUGAUAUCUGUGAUGCCAAAUGCUUGUCAGAAAGUGCACCGAUGAGAACCACAUUACUUUUCUUUCGAGGGCGCCUUAAGAGGAAUGCUGGAGGUAAAAUACGUGCCAAACUCGGUGCAGAACUAAGUGGUGUCAAGGGUGUAAUAAUUUCUGAGGGGACUGCCGGAGAGGGAGGAAAAUUGGCAGCUCAAGGUGGCAUGCGUAGAUCUUUAUUCUGUUUGUGUCCUGCUGGUGACACACCAUCUUCGGCGAGGUUGUUUGAUGCCAUUGUCAGUGGCUGUAUACCUGUUAUAGUCAGUGACGAGUUGGAAUUUCCUUUUGAAGGAAUACUUGAUUACAAGAAGGUUGCUGUGCUCGUUUCUUCCAAUGAUGUUGUACAACCAGGGUGGCUUGUAAAUCACCUAAGAAGCCUUACGCCCUUCCAAAUCAAGGAGUUGCAGAAAAACCUUGCUCAAUACUCGCGGCAUUUCCUAUAUUCAAGCCCUGCUCAGCCAUUAGGUCCAGAGGACUUGACAUGGAGAAUGAUGGCCGGAAAGCUAGUGAAUAUCAAGCUUCACACGAGAAGGUCACAGCGGGUCGUGAAAGGAUCUAGGAGCCUUUGUAGAUGCGAUUGCUGGAAACCCAACUCCACAGCCAUCAAUCCUUUGAAUCCUCUCUUGUCUUAAGACCUAUAACUCUGACCCAGAUAUAUAUUGUUGAAUGUUUAUCUAUUAACUUUUCCUUAUCGCUUACCAUUUUUCCUAUACUUGCUUGGUCAAAAGAAUGCAUGAACUCUGAUAA